AUGAAAUUGGUCAGUGUUAUUCUAGUUUUAUUUAUAUUUCCACUGAAAACAUUAACAUUAGAACUGAAAAAGCCCACUAUUUUGGUGGCUGUUUUGGUAAGAAAUAAACAGCACACUUUGCCCUACUUUUUAUCGAAUUUAGAAAAAUUGGAUUAUCCUAAAGACCGGAUAUCGUUAUGGUUUCGGUCAGAUCACAACAUAGACCAAAGUAUAGGAAUUCUUAAAUAUUGGUUUAAAUCAGUGAAAAAUGACUAUCAUUCAAUUUAUACAGAGUUUGAGGAUAAUAAGUCAUAUCCAGGUGAAGAGAGUAUUGCCCAUUGGACCGAUGAAAGAUUCACUCAUAUGAUGAAUAUGAGAGAUUCUGCAUUGAAUUAUGCUAGAAAAAAAUGGGCUGAUUAUUUAUUGAUGUUAGAUGCAGAUGUUUUUCUAACAAACCCAAACACCCUCAACUAUUUGACAUCGAAAAGUUUUACUAUUGUCGCUCCAAUGGUACAGUCUGUGGGAUUGUACUCGAAUUUCUGGCAUGGGAUGACUGAGGAUUAUUAUUAUUUACGAACUGAAGAAUACAAACCCAUCGUACAUAGAGAAAAUAUCAGUUGCUAUGCUGUACCAAUGGUGCAUAGCUGUGUUUUGGUGGAUCUGAGAAGAGCUGAGUCUGAUUUGUUAACUUAUAGAUCUGAUAAAAUCGAAAACUACGACGGUCCUCAUGACGACAUAAUAGUUUUCGCUUUGUCAGCAAUGCAAAAUAAAAUCCCCAUGCAUAUUUGCAACGAAGAUCAUUUCGGUUAUAUCACAGUGCCUUUAGAGCAAGACGACAAGCUAAGCAACGAUUUCGAAAAUUUAUUGAACAUUAAAAUGGACAAAUUGAAUACAGGCGAAUCUCUAUACGUGAAUCCAAGACUUGCAAAGUAUACGUCGCUACCGGAAAAGGACUCGAUGAUGUUUGAUAAAAUUUACAUGAUUAAUUUAAAAAGACGGCCUGAUAGGAGGAAGCGGAUGCAUAAGUGUUUUGAUGAACUAGGGUUGGAAGUGGAAACUGUAGAUGCAGUGGACGGCAAGCUUUUAAAUGAAACAUUUUUACAGUCUCUGCAAUUUAUGCCCGACUUUCAAGACCCAUAUCACAAAAGACCUAUGAAACUAGGAGAAAUUGGUUGCUUUUUAAGCCAUCUUGAGGUUUGGCAAGAGAUUGUAAAAAAUAAUUACCAUACAACGUUGGUCUUAGAAGAUGAUGUAAAAUUUGAAUCAUUCUUCAGGACAAGAGUUGAAAACGUUAUGUCUGAAGUCCUAAAGAUUUCUGAUUGGGAUUUAGUGUAUUUUGGUAGAAAACGUUUGCAAGAAAAAGAAGAACCAUGGAUUGCAAACUAUCUAGUACAGGCAGGCUAUUCCUAUUGGACCUUAGGAUAUACUUUAAGUUUAAAAGGAGCUAAAAAGUUGCUUGAUGCCCAGCCUUUAACCAAAUUGGUACCUGUUGAUGAAUAUUUGCCAAUUCUAUUUGACAAACAUCCGCACGAAAAUUGGAAAGGGUACUACCCUAAAAGGGAUUUAGUAGCUCUCUCUGCUGCUCCUCUUUUAAUAUACCCUACUCACUAUACAGGGGAUAAAGGAUAUAUUAGUGAUACAGAGGAUUCAGUUGUUAUACCAGAAGAAGUUCUGGUUAAAGAAGAUUUAUAA